CGGUCGUGACAUCAAUUAUGGGGAUGCAGGUCGUGUUCUGGUGCACGAGUUCGCCCAUCUAAGAUUUGGCGUAUUUGAUGAGUACGGCAUCCCCGGUAGCCGCCAGCACCCAGUCUAUUACGUAGAUGACACAGGGAAGACCGUACGCCCCACUGCCUGCUCCACCGACAUCACCGGUAACUUUAUCAAUGAAGUGAAAGACUCCAGCUGCGAACCUGUCGACAGUAAGGAUGUGGUGAAUAAAGACUGUUACUUUCUCCCAAACGCCUUCGACAACACGGCCACAACGUCUGUCAUGUAUGCCCAGUUCUUGAAGGAGGUGGUUCACUUUUGCGAAAGUGACCCUGACAGUGGUAGAAUGGACUUGAUUCAUAACCCCAAUGCCCCAAACAGGCAUAACAAAAUGUGCAGCGAAAGGGGAACUUGGGACGUCAUCAGUGAACAUACAGACAUAAAGGGAGGUAACCCAGUGGACAUUAGUAACCGAGCCCCACAGUUCAACGUUGUCUAUCGCCAGAGAGAGGCGGUUGGCAACACAACCAUUUGUGGACGUAGAAUCGUUCUUCUGUUAGAUCUCUCGGGGUCGAUGAAACAGAAUUCCAGAUACUUCAGACUGCGGCAAAUGGCUGAUCGGAUCAUCAGGGACAUUCUACCUGUCGGCACAGAAGUGGGGAUCGUGGUGUAUUCCAGUUCUGCCAGAAUCUGGGCCAACAUGCGUUUCAUCACAUCCCCUGCGGACAGACAGAUGCUGGCCCAGGGUCUGCCGGACAUAAAGGACUAUGCUGGUACUACAGCUAUAGGAUUAGGUCUUCUAAAAGCCAUUAAGAUGCUAAACGGCACGGGGAAAACGACAGAGAAUGGACGAAUAUUCCUCGUCACUGAUGGAGCGGAAAACGUUAGUCCGUUUGUGAGCGCGAUCUUUUCCGAUAUUACAAGCUCCAAGGUUGUUGUUCAUACCAUGGCCUAUAGUGAUGCUGCUGCGGAAGUCCUACAAAGACUGUCAACAGUAACAGGUGGCCAGUAUUCGUUCUUUGGAGAGACCUCCGGUUUGACAGCCCUUAAGGCAGCAGCUGACCGACUACUGAAGGACCUCAGCCUCUGCGACGAAUACGAUAAUAAUAUUGAGAUUGAUCGUCGCGCAUUUGUUCUAACGUCAAAACAGAAUAAUUUCACCAGAAUACUUAACAUGGACCCCACCGUCGGCAACAACACGCUUUUCGUCUUUACUUUGUCACAUGGUGCGGAAACAAAGAUCAGAAUUGAAGAUCCUUAUGGGGCUGUGUAUGAUUCCAAUUCAUCUGAAUACAGCAAAGAUGAGACUCUGAACAUAAUAAGAUUCCUUUUCCCAUUGACCAAGACGGGGACAUGGAAGUAUAUGUUAAAACGCGACUCUAACGCGAACGAGAGCAUAACAGCUGUGGUGACGUCGCACCCACGGGUUGGCACCCUGCCCUUUAAGGUGGAGACCUGGACCAGCUCUAAGACGUAUGACUACUCAGGAGGUCGUAGUGGGGUCGUCGCUUACGCCUACGUUCACCAGGGAUACGCUCCAAUCGUCAGGGCUUUUGUGGAGGUGGAGGUGUCCAGACCAGGAGACAUAUUCAACAUAACUCUCUAUGAUGAUGGCAUGCUCCCUGACAACACAGCCAAUGACGGCGUUUACAGCAACUAUCUGCUCGGCUUCAAGUCCAACUCCCGUUACUCUAUGGAUGUGAGGGUUGAGUCGGUGGAGGGAGAGACUGUCAUCAUCAAAUCUGGGAACACCCUGUCUGGCAGAACACUCUCUGUCUUUCAGAACACAACACCACCAGUGAGGAAUGAAACGGUGGAAGCUUUCAGCAGAACAGCUUCUCCAGAUGCCAUAGAUAUAUCUGGCUAUAAUUCCUCAGUUGACCAGCUGGAUCCAGGACGAGUCACCGACCUUGACAUUGCUAUAGAAAACAAACUCAAUCAGACCGUGACCUUGUCUUGAACUGCUCCAGGGGAUGACCUGAAUGUCGGAAAAGUUGCAAAAUAUGAGCUGCGGGUUGCGGUGACUUUUGCGAGCCUCAGAGUUAACUUCACACAAGCCUCGAUGGUUAUGAACGAAGAUUUAGUCACCGGAAGCUUGGACCCACUUCCGGCAAGAUC